AUGGACGACUAUUCGCAGCGCGAAUGGACGCGCUUUGCGAUGGAAGAUGGAGGGAUCGGAACGUGCGUCGUGCAGCGCGAUUGCGAAAGCGAUGCUAGCGGAUUGCUGGGCUGCAAAGAGGGAGAGCGCAUCACAGCAUUGUGCCAAAUGGCAUCCGCCUCGGGAACUCCGGAACAGGGCGCUUAUAUUUGGGCCUUCAAUGGACAAUUGGGUUUCGUGGCAAGCGCUGACAUCGAGCCUGUGCAGCCCUUUACGACGCCAGGGCAGAUCGACCGUGAGGCAGCGGCACGAGGAUCGGGCCGCAUCUUUCCCCUGCAAUCGCUCGAGAUCCCGCCACAGUCUAGGCUGAUCAACUUUCCUAUGCAGCGUGCCUCGAUCCUCGUCGACCAUCGCCAGAGCCUUUUGGCAGAGAUGAAGUCGCCCGUCAUGCCACGUUUCGACCCGGAGGAUUUAGAGACGCCGCGCGCAGCGACUUUCAACGCUAGGCCGGAUGUCACGCAAAACACCAUCAGCGGCAUGAUGCUUCCGCCGAGCGAGACGCGCGACACGUCCCCGGCGAGCGCCGAGCUCGCGCCACCUGUCGAGAUCGAUGAACCCAGCGCACAGGCUAUCUCGCAGGAUACACGCGUCGAGGCGACGUCGCGUACACCCACCAAGAGCACCUACCGCCCGACGUCGGUCCGCGCGAGUCUGCUAGCCAAAAAACAAGAUCCUGAAGAUCCUGAAGACGACGACAUGUGGGGGGACUGGGUCAAGAAGCGCGACCCCACCUUUUCGAUUUACGAUGCCUACUUCCGGCCGUCGAUGUACUCGAAGCAGAUCCGCCUCGACCCUGUCGCCCAGUCGGCCGUGUUUGUGCCGCCUACCAACACACUCGAGGUGCCGGCGGACAGCGAGGCUUCGUUCGACGUGAGCCUUGAGAGCGGCAGCUCAAUGGGGUCGGCGCGUGCCAUCGACAACAUCCUUCCACCAGUGCAGAGCUUGGAACAGAACCGUCUGCUUCACGGAGACAGUAUGGACUCGUUUUCAACUAAUACACCAUCACAGCACCUCUCAGUCAGCUCGGGGAUGUCGCUGCAGGCGAGCGAGGCGAGCAUCCCAGUGGCCGGACUCGAGAAUCUCCAGCUGGCCCACACACCCGAGUUCCACGGCCGCGCCCUCUCGAGCCCGCUCGACGGGCCCCUGCGCUCGGAUUCUGAGACGGCCAGUAUCGAUAUCCCCAGCGCAGGCGCGCCAUCCUCGCGCUUGCGCUCCGGUGAGGCGCCGUGGGCGUCGAGCGCGUCAAGCUCGCCGCUCCGCGCACGGACCGAUUCGCCGUCCAGGACAGCACUGCGCACCUCGCCGCAGCGGCUUGCCCAGCGCGCGCCGAAGCAGAGCGAGGAGUUUGACGCACGCAGUCUGCCGAUGUCCAAGUCAACCAGUAGCCUGUUUGGCUCGCCGCGCUCGAAGCGGUCCACGGAACUCUCUGGGAGCCCCAUGUCGUCCGAAGCACAGCUCUUCCAGCGCUGGACGACUUUGCUGACAGACCGGGGAGGUUCGCAGCGCACGCUCAAAAAGGCGCGGCAGCUCGUCGAGCUCGGUGUGCCGACAGCGCUCCGUGGGCGAGUGUGGAUGCUCCUUGCGGAAAAGCACAUGAAGAGCCGCCCAGGCGUCUUUGAGCAGCUCGUCGAGACGUCCAAGGAGUCGAUCACCAACAUGGACCUCUAUGCUUUUGCGCGGCUCAUUCAGAGGGACCUGGAUCACUGCUUCCCUCAAAGCAAGCCUUUCCACGGCCUCGACGGCUCGUCGCGCGAAGAUAUCCGACGCAUUCUGCACGCUUUCGCCUACCACAACCCGGACGUGGGGUACACGGAAGGCAUGUGCCUCGUCGUCGGCCUCCUCCUGACGCACAUGCGUGUAGAAGACACGUUCUGGAUGCUCGACGCGCUCGUGUCACAGUACGGCAUGGACCGCUGCUACACCGGCAAUAUGGAGCAGCUGCACAUCGACAACCUCGUCGUCGACGAGCUCCUGCGCCUGGCCGAUGGCGCAGUCCACAAAAAGCUCCAGGAUAUGCGCAUUGAGCCGCUCAUGUUCCUGCCAGGCUGGCUGCUGCCCAUCUUUGUGCGCACACUGCCGUGGAUGACGCUGCUGCGUGUGUGGGACAUGUUCCUCUCGCACGGUCACACGUACCUCGUACGUGCCGCCGUAUCGGUCAUUUGCCUCUCACGCGGCGACAUUCUGAGCCCCCGCGUGAGCCCGGGCAGGGCCGAGACGCUGCGGCACCUCGUGUUUGUGGCGUCGCCGCCGCUCAUGCCGGACAGCGUCCUGAACUGUGCUCGUGAACUCCCUGUGGCAGACAAGGAAAUCGCCAAGAUGCAGCGGAACGCUACCAAAUUGGUCCGCGAGAACGGCGCCACCUCGCAUCCGAUCGAUACGGGAAGCGACGAGCGACCAGCGGCACUGCAGGGCAAGCCUGUUUCUCGGGGGACACUGCGCCUACUCACCGGACGCAAGAAGUCCGGGCGAUCAUAG